AUGACCAGCAAACUACCCCCACCUAGCGUUUGGAUCAAUUCGAAGUGUUGUACAUUUGGUGCUUCCGUCUUUGAUAGCAUUCUCUCGACUAGCAGUAGAAAUAGUCUGAGAGAAGAUAUAUCAUCAACAGACGACGACUCCUCCGCAAAUCAUUAUGAUCGAACGCUGGUAUCAUUGAAUCAAGGCUAUGAUAAUGGCCAGUUGACACUUUUAUCAGCGUCGUCGCUUUCGGAUGGCAAUGGCAGCAAGGGCGUGCUGAGGAUUCCAUUCGGAAGAUCGCGGAGUUAUCCACCACUUGGAUCGCAUCCUUGCCCCACCACUGUUUCGGAAACUCAAGCUGCCACUCAGGCAAAACUUUUAUCACAAGGUUCUGGUCCUAAUGUAAGAAGAUUUGUACAAUUAGCAGUGGUCGGACUGGUAGUGUCACCACAGAACGAGAUAUUAAUCACUCGGCGACCGUCCUACAUGAGAAGUUUUCCACAUGCAUGGGUUUUUCCAGGUGGAUCUGUCGAUUCGACAGAUGAUAGUUUGGAAGCGGCUAUUGCGAGAGAAAUAUGGGAAGAAACGGGGCUAAAAGUUAGUGGGUCGUCGCUAUCAGCUAUGCAAGCACUAGACGCUUCAGCAGGGGAUGGAGAGAAGACGACCACCAGUUGUAGUGGUUGGACUAUUGAAUGUAUUUGGGAAUCCGUAUUUCCAACCAUUCCAGAACCGGGAAUAACCAUCAAGAGACAUCACUUGGUGGUAUAUUUGUCCAUCAAGCUAUCAGAGCGUGAAAUGUCCCAAAUGUCCCUGAAACUGUGCGACGAAGAAGUGGACGCAGCAGUGUGGCUUUCACCUAAGAAGGUCAAUUCCAUUCUGGCAAAGGGUUUGUGUCGUGCCGAUUCUUCUGUUUCAGAAGAGGAGAUAUGGGUCGAUCUUUUGACAUCUUCCAACACUCAAGUGGCUGCCAAGACUGGUGUGAAAGAAUCAUUGGAACAUUUGUCGGGGAUUUAUCCUAGGUUUGAUGACGAUGAUACUUCGUCACAACAUCCGUUUGGAAUGGCACAAGGAUCCCUUUUUGCUCUGCAGGAGUACUGUAAUCGCCAUCAUGAUGAAUAA